AUGCUUGUCAAAGCUACUGCUGUCACCCUGCUGGUGGCUGUUGGUUCAGCCUCAGCUGCCGUCUUGUCCUAUGGCAAGGAAUCUGUCAUGAGGGAGGACCCCGACUUUGGCCUCUGCCUCCCGACCAUGAAGUUUGAAGGUGGUCUUGGUGGACGAUCAUCGGUGGACUUUACUUUCUUGCCUACCGAUGCGUUGUGUGCUCGUGGUCAGCAAGAGGCUCCCAACCCAAAUAUCAUUACCAACCGAAUCUGCGACCAACUCGCCACCGUCUGCGGAGCAAAUGAAGCCGCAAAGUCUCUUUGCCGCGAGUCUCAAGCGAAGAUCCGAGCUUUGGGAACUCGCGACAGGUCCACUGCUGAGACCUGGAACACACUCAUGGGCUUUGGCGGUGCCUUGACCAACCCUGAUGGGGGAGCCCCGGCGCCUAAUGCAGUCAAGGACGACCUGAAGAAGAGAGACACCAAGAACGUGGAAAAGCGAGCUCCCAUGAUCUACUGCUCUGCCACCGAGUGGAUUGACGACUGCACCGGAUGGCCUGAUGUCGAACCCGUUGUCAAGAGAUCCGAAGAUGCUGCUGCUGCUGCUCCCGUCGUGAAGAAGCGCAGUGUGGAGUCGGCUGCAGAGCCCGCGAUGGAGAAGAGAUCCGAGGGUAAAGCCAAGAGGGCGGAUAUCCCCAUGAUCUACUGUUCGGCAACCGAGUGGAUCGACGACUGCACUGGGUGGCCAUAG